GAGUCAAAUCAAUUAAUUAAUUAAAUCCCUAGCUCGCUCGCUCCGAUGGCCGCUGCCGCGGUUUGUAGGCGUCUCGGGAAGCUUGGGUUUGGGAACAACAAUGCCUCCACCAUCAGAAGAGGAUUCAGUUCUGCUCACAGCCAUGGUUUUCCUCUGGAUAGGAACCUGCUCAAUCCCGUCCGCGGUUGCAGGGGAAAUUCCGACCUUGUUAAGGAAACCGGAAAUCACGUCUUCCUCGUCGACACUUUAGCCCUCGCGCGGAGGUUGGAGGCGAGAGGGCUGCCGUUGGACCAGGCAGAGGCGAUCACCGCUGUAAUCACCGAAGUUUUGAACGAUAGCUUGGAAAAUGUGGCCCAAUCCGUCGUAUCCAAGACGGAGAUGGAGAAGAAUGAGAUGAUACAAGAGACCAACCUGUGCAAGUUCAAAUCCGAGAUCCAAAGCAAGCAGGAGCAUCAUUUCUCAUUGUUACAGCGCGAGGCGGAGAAGAUGGAGAAUGUGAUUGACAAGACUACCGAGAAGAUGCAGAAUGACAUUGACAAGACCCGUACUGACCUCAGGCAUGAAAUAGACAAGGUCAAUGCCGGGCAAAGAUUGGAUUGGAACCUCGAGAAAGGGAGGAUAAGAGACGAGUUAACUCAGCAAAAAGCCGACACCACUCACCUGGAGAACAAACUCGAUAGAGAGACGCAUGCUCUCAGGGCCCAACUGGAAGCAGCAAAGUAUGAUGUUACCAAGUACUUCGUUGCUACUUCCUUCUCCCUUUGUGCGGUUGGCCUUGCUGUGGUUCGCAUCUUCUUGUAGGAAGGCGCCGAAAAUAAAGACAUUACCUCUGAGUAGCUAUCAAUGGCUCUCUUUUGUACAUAUGAUGAUCAGUUUCGUAAUAUGUUUAUGUAAAUCAUGACCUAGCUACUCAAUAUUUCGGGUUUUGAUUGCCAACAAAAAAAAAAUGUGUAUUGUAUUAAUUGAUGAUGUAUAUAUAUCAUAGUUCGAAAGUUUUAAGUAUUAAUUUCAUAUGGUACGAU